AUGUUUACUCUGUUACCGUCGUUAUACUUUAUUGGUGUUCGUUAUUUUCGCACAUGGAAAUCAGUUGAUAAAUAUGAGCAUGAUGAUAAAGAAAUAUUCAAAUAUAUUAACAAGAAUAUACAAAUAAGUUAUGAUCAACAAUCUGUUUGUUCGGAAACGAGUGAAAUAUCUGAACUUGUAUCCGAUGUAGACAGCAAUCUGAAUUUUAAAGUCAAAUCACGUAAAAAGAAACUCAAUCAUCGACGACGAAAAAUCUCAACAAAUGAACUUAGUCAUGAUGACAUUAUGUAUUUAAUCAAGAAAACAGGAUUUAGUCGAGAAGAAAUCAUCACAUGGUACGAAGAUUUCCUCCAUGAUUGUCCAGAUGGUAAAUUGCCAAAAAGUAAAGUUAUUGAUGUAUAUCAAAAAUUUUAUACAAAAGGUAACGUGGAAAAAUUUUGUGAUCAUGCAUUUCGUUUAUUUAAUAAAGAUGGUUCAGGAUAUAUGGAUUUUAUGGAAUAUCUUUUUGCUGUUAGUUUAAAUUCAUCGAAAGAUCCUGUACGAAAACUACAACUUUUUUUUGCUAUGUAUGAUAUCGAUCAUAAUGGUCUUAUUGAUGAAAAUGAAAUGCGAUCUGCCAUUCAGUCGAUUUAUGAAUUGAUGAAUGUUGAUAUAAGUGAUCCAUCAAGAAUUGAUACAAAAGUUUACGAAUUAUUUUCAAAAGCCAACUGUGAUCAAUUAGGAUAUUUAGGAAAAGAUCAAUUUGCAAUAGCUUGUCAAAAUGAUCGAUAUAUACGAAAAUUUUUAAAACCAAAAUAG